AUGUCCAGCGGCAAUGUGGAAUUCCUGGGCGACAAUGUGGAAAUCCUGGAUUACGAAGCCGAGGGCGAGGCUCCCACCGCAGAGCAGUUUCCAGCGGCCGGUCCGGGAGACGAGAGCCACCCCAUGCCCGUCGUGUUCACCUUCGAUAAUUUGCUGGCCAACAUCGCCACGGCAGAUCCGGCGGAACUGGAGCGGGCCUACAACACUGGCUGGACGUAUCUCUUUGGAGGAUAUUGUCGUAGCGGCCCGUUGUCGUCUGAUUUCCCUCUUUUCGUUCCUCCUUUCUCGCUUCCCCCGGAAGAAAAAUUGCUCCUCCUACCCUACGAUGAGUUUUUGGCCUAUCAAGCGUUGAACGAGAUGUGGUGCAACGGUCUUGCCAGAAAGGUCGCAGACGCGGAAGCACGGGAGAAGGCGGAACGCGAGGACGCAGAGCAGGAGGAGGAGCGUGAGGCUGCUCGGGCUGCUGCUGCGAGGAAGCAGGCGGAGGAGCGUGAGGCUGCUGGGCUGCUGCUGGGAGGAAGCAGGAGGAGGAGCGGGAGGCUGCCCGGGCUGCUGCUGCGAGGAAGCAGGCGGAGGAGCGCGGAGGAGCGUGAGGCUGCUCGGGCUGCUGCUGCGAGGAAGCAGGAGGAGGAGCGUGCGACUGCUCUGGCGGAGCGUGAGGCGUAUCUCCAAGCUGCUAGGGCGAAGCAGGUGGCGCUCCGAUCGCGGCUGGAGGACCUGUAGCCCCGCCACCAGGACCCGCGAGCAGCAGCUUUUUCCCCCUACCCCAGUCCUCGUAUUAUCGUCCCUCCCCCAACGCAAUCCCAGGUGCCCCUUGGUUCCCGUAGUACCGCCUCGCCGCACGAGAAGGAGCGGGAGGUGGCUGCUACUCCGACGAACGAGAAGGAGCGGGAGAGGGCAGCGACUCCGGAGUUUUCGGUGACGUUAGGUCUUCCGGCCGGUGCUGAAGACGGAGCAUCGUUUGCGGCCGCAACCACGGUUUACGAGUUGCAUGUUGGCGAUACAGCGUUCCUGUCCCGCCCGCUGGAGAUGCCUGCAGCAGAAGUAGCGUUCCACGAUGAGGAC